CGCGGGACAACUUCUGGAGGAGUUGUUGCCAACUCCGGAGAUCGACAGGCCAAAAACAGACCGCUAAAACGUUACGUUGGAUUUAAUUUACGUUAAGAAAAGCCCCAGCGGAUAUAUGAAAGUAUCCGUGUGAAUCCACGCACGAGACAUUUAAGCGUGCGACAUGUUCACGCGCGGGUCCAAGAAGCGACGCUCCAAUCGCUCGACAGAGGCAGAGGAUCCAGACAGAGGGCAGCCGUGUAUGCGCUGUGGUGAACAGUGUCCCGGCUUCCACAUGCACGGAUGGAGGAAGAUCUGUGUGCACUGUAAGUGUGUGCGGGAAGAGCAUGUGGUGCGCUCGGUGCCAGGCCAGCUGGAGAGAAUGAUGAUGAAGCUGGUGUCUGACUUUCAAAGGCACUCCAUAUCCGAUGACGACUCAGGCUGCGCCUCGGAAGAAUACGCCUGGGUGCCGCCCGGACUCAAGCCUGAACAGGUUUAUCAAUACUUCAGCUGUAUUCCAGAUGAUAAGGUUCCAUACGUGAACAGUCCAGGAGAACGAUAUCGCAUUAAACAGCUUUUACACCAACUCCCAGCCCAUGACAGCGAGCCUCAAUACUGCAACUCUCUGGAUGAAGGUGAGAAGAAGGAACUAAGGUCAUUCAGCCAGCAGAGGAAGAGAGAGAAUCUGGGCCGCGGCAUUGUACGACUUUUUCCGGUUACUAUGACCGGAGCCAUCUGCCAACAGUGUGGCAGGCAGAUCUGUGGUGGUGAUAUGGCGGUGUUUGCGUCUCGGGCAGGUCACGGCUCCUGCUGGCAUCCUCAGUGUUUCCAAUGUGCUUCCUGUAGCGAGCUGCUGGUGGAUCUCAUUUACUUCUAUCAGGACGGACACAUCUACUGCGGCCGACACCAUGCUGAACGCAUCAAACCCCGAUGCCAAGCCUGCGAUGAGAUCAUCUUUGCGGAUGAGUGUACAGAGGCUGAGGGGCGCCACUGGCACAUGAAACAUUUCUGUUGUUUUGAGUGUGAGACAGCACUCGGAGGUCAGCGCUACAUCAUGAGAGAGAGUCGGCCCUACUGCUGCUGUUGUUAUGAGUCACUGUACGCCGAAUACUGCGACACCUGCGGAGAACAUAUUGGUAUAGACCAGGGUCAGAUGACAUACGAGGGCCAGCACUGGCACGCCUCUGAAGCAUGUUUCUGCUGUGCCUGCUGUCAGCUCCCUCUGCUGGGCAGACCCUUCCUGCCGCGCGGCGGACUCAUUUUCUGCUCUCGCUCCUGCUCGCUGGGUGAAAACCCAGAUAACUCAGACUCCUGUGAUUCUGCCCUACAGAGCAAUUCUGUAACACAUAAACCCACUCAAAAUCAGCAACGUAGUUCCACACCGCGGCCACAGGGGGGAAUCAAUCCCAUUGCUUCCAGCUCUAAAGGCAGUACACAGAAGAAUGCAGUCAUAGCUACCAGUACAACAACAGUGAAUGGGUGCAGUCAUUUUCCACUGGAGAGCAGAGGUGUUCACACCUCAUUCCCUCGUAUUCCAAAGGGUGAACUUCCACCGUAUGGACAAAAACGCACACAAAACUCCUAUUCACCCUCUCAGAUCUGCCCUGGAGCCAAAAACAGGGCAGAAUUACCAUGCAGAGACCAAUCACACAUCAGCACGCACCAAGUGAAUAACAGGACAGACAAUUCAUGCAGUGGUCUGGAGUUUACAGUGGAGCUGAAUGGAUAUGCUGAAUUUGGCCCUUUUCCAGCAAGCUGCACAUCCAGGGGUACUUCCACAGCAAAGGACUGUGGAGGCAUUGUUGAGAGCAGUUGUACAGAAAUUCCCCCUCAACCUCCACCUUCAAAUGAAUUUACAGAUGUAGAUGACUCGGACUCCUUUCCGCCCCCUCCGCCCUCUGUUUUCUUCGAGCCGUAUGAUUCGCCAACCCCUUCAGAUUCCCCGCCCACUGUCACUGAAGCGGAAGACCCUCCCACCGCACCUGUCCGCAGCAGCACCGCCCGGGUCAGCUUCAGAGAGCCAAUCAGCUGCAGUUAUUCAGUGGAUGAGGAAGAGUGGGAGGAGCAGGAGGAGGAAGAGGUGGAGAGAAAAGAGGGAGAGGAGGAGGAGCAGGAGGAAGAUGAAGAUGAAGCUGAGGGGAGUUUGGGACACAGGUUGCGGCUGUGCAACGGAGUACCUGCACAAAUGGACCUGUUGGAUGGUUCGUACCACCGUGGUUUCCAUCGGAGCCACCUUGCCACAGAAAAGCGAAUGCGGCGUUUCAGAGGAUCACGGCGCGACAGACCUCGUCUGGACACCCUGGACUACCGGGAUGGGGACUGCAGACGUCGCUCCAACAGCGUCCUGGACGGCAGCAGGAAUGGCAGCCUGAAACUGCACUCCUCCCGCUACAGACACGAAGACUCCUGCUCCACCUGCUCCUCUUCCUCAGACUCAGAGGAGGAAGGCUUUUUCCUAGGCCAGCGCAUUCCUCUGCCACCGCAGCUGACGGGUGGAGAGAGGGUGAGGGAAGGACAGAGAGAGGAAGAGGAUGAGGAGAAAAGACGAACAGGAAGUUUUAGGAGGAAAAGGACACGGAGUCUCAGUGGAAAAGACAAGAACUGCAUACUGGCCUGAGACAGAGAGAAUGAGGCUGUGUGCAGAAUAGCAUACUUCUGUACUACUCUUACUAUUGCUGCAGUAUACAGCAUGUAUACUAGGGCUCAAGAGUAAAAAAAAAAUCUAUUUUGCUGGCCCUACCACAAAAAAAUGAUGAAUUUUAUUUUUAGAAAUGUAUUUUUAUAUGUGCAAAAAAAUUUUAAAUAAAUAAAUGUUAAGAUGUUAACCAAAUUUCAAGACUAUUGGAUAAAAAAUGCAAAAUAACCACUUUUAUUUUCAAGAUAAUAACUGGACGCCACUCGCUGAAUUAAACAUGCAACGUAAUGCUAUAAACAGAGUGACAACAAUGAAGCAUACUGCUGUUUGAGAGGUUAUCAAUAAUGUCUACUGUUUAAAAAUAAUAUAAACGUAUAUUGUAUAGUGGACAGGAUUCAGUAACAGUGUUGAGUGUAAUCUGAUCACAUAAUUAGUUACUAUAAUCUAAAAUCAAAAUUAGUGUAAUGUGUUACAUUUUAUAUUCUUGUAAUCAGAUUACAGUAACUGACUUUAAGUUCAUUUCAAAGUAAUUACAUUAAGUACAUUAAUUGGGAUACCCAUAUUUCUAAAAUAAUAUUUACUAUAUACUAUACUUACAUUUAAAAUGUGAACUCAUGCGUCCAUUUGUACUUCUGUCUGCAUUUGUGUGUGUGACAGGAAGGAGAAAAAUAGAGACAUUAUUUUGAAUUUGUUGAGCAGAAAAACAAACGUUUCUAUGAAAAGGGUUUAAAAAAGUAAAAAGUAAAGUAGUUAGUGAUGUGAUUACUUCUCAAUGAAGUAAUCAGUAAUCUGAUAACUUUAGAAAAGUAAUUAGUUAUUUGUUGUGGAUUACUUAUUUUGAGUAAUUUUCCAACACUGUUUAGUAAGCAGUAUUAUAUUCCAAACAUAGCCUAUGACACAGAAAAUGUGUAAAUAACUAUAAAACUAUUUUUAAAAAGUGAAGAUUUUUUCCUGUUUAGGAUUUUUAAAGCUGAAGUAUGCAAUUUGUGCACCACCAAACGGAAUUGCUAAAAUUAACGCUGUUUUCAAAACAGCUUUCUGAAUACACACCGUCUGCCGUUGGUGAAACAAAGAGAUAGUCCCGCCCCCAACUCACGCCAUUGGUUUGAAUAAUGUUGUUGGGGCAGGUAUAAGCGGUCACUCAAAACAAACACGGGAAGCGCCAGAGAGAAAGAAUGCUUUCGAGAAAAUUAACCUAUGAAUGGCUUACUUAUAGUUGUCUCUGCAUAUUAAGUUAGGAUAGGAGAAAGUAUUUUAACAGAAAAAGUUGCAUACAAGUUACAUCAGCUUUAAAAGACCUUGCUGUGCACUUAUAUCACAUUACAAGAUCUAACACUCUGCUCAAUAAACUCAACCAUACCAAGGAGCUGCUUAGUCAUGAACAAAGAUCACAUUAUCUAACUGUCUGUGCAUCAGUGUACCACUUCUAUAAACAGGUGAUUACAUGUUAUCUAAUAAGUAGUUUCUAAAGGGUGCUUAGUCAAAUUUACUGCCAUUAUUUUUUAUGACAGGGCAGAGGAACAUUUCUAAUCCAAAUUUGGCUUGGAAAAAGUCAGUGGCGGCCCAUGCAUUUUAAGUCUAGACCUGCAGUGCAAUUAAUGCCAUUAAGAAAACACUGUUUCACAAUUAAUAAGACACCCUAUGCCUAUGGACAUUAUACAUUAGGUCACAGCCAACUAAUAUUACCAACUGACAUUUUAAAAACACGUCCAUGCACGAAAGCCAAAACCAAGGAAGUCUAUAAUACCAGGAAAAAAGCUAUCUAAUAAUAUUUGCGAUUUAAAUGUUGCUUGCAAUACAUUUUGUUUCGUAAGGUUAUACGGUUACUUUUCAAAACUUGAUCCGACACUGAAUGCUCCAGCCAGCCUAAUUUACACUUAGAAAACUCUUGAUGUUGCUAUAACAAUGCAAAAAGCACUUACCAGUUUAAGUGAAGAUCAGCCCUCCUUUCUUGUCCAUCUCUGGUUAUUAAAUCCAUAAGGAUCUCUUUUUCAAUAGUUGCCUUUACAUGGACCCUAGUAAUCUGCUUGUGAUCAGACAUGUAGCACAGUCCGAAUAAAAAAGUCUCAUGUAACCACAUCAGUCGGAAUGAAUUGGCCAAAUCCUAAAUAAAGGUCACUCGGAUUGUAAAGGGUGGUGUAAACCUUUUAUAAUCCAUUCGAGAAGAAAAUAUUUGCCAUGUAAAUGCUUGAUUGGAUUGCUUUCUGAAACUCGGACAUUGUGCGCAUGACGACAAGGGAACGCUGAACUCUGAGAAGACGUGUGACCAGUAGAAGAUCAAAGAGUCACACACUAUUGACCGCUAAUAUUUCAAAGAUGUUUUUUAUUGUUGCUGGAUGGUAAAUAGACGGUAUAUUUGAACAUUCUGAAUGAUUUUUUUUAUUUUUUUUAUUUGUGAUGUAUUGUUUAUUAAAACCAGAAGCCUUUGCGCAACAUCAUAUCGUCAUAUCGUAAAAGAGCCAAUCACCUUUUAGAUACAGACAUCGCAUUGUUCAGUCGUCAGUCAACUCAAGUGCACGCAUGCGCAAUAGCUGGACCAGCCUGAUAAACAAUGUUUUAAGCGUGAUCUGAGCUAAAGAACCAAAUUGUUUCCAUAUUGUCAGAAUUUACUGCUGAUUUAAAAAAUGUCCCUUAAUCUUGACAAACAGUUUUUUUAGAUUUCUGUCUUGGAGCUUUGCUUUAAUUCCGCUUGUAUAAAAUAGCUGUCAGGGAGCGUUCCCAAGACGGCCGCUGAGUGGACUGACUUGCUUUGAAAAAUACUUUGGCAUUACGCAUUAUGUAAUGAUAAACAUUUUCGAACAAUAGUACUGUAUGCUAUAUUGUUGUCACAUGACCUCACUAUUUUGCAUGAUUAAUUGAGUAAGUGUCAUCCAGAUCUAGGAAAUAAAAGCAGGUUUUUUGCAUUUUAAAUUUUUGUGGAUCCAUACUAUAAAUUGCAGUGUUGUGUGGUAGUAUGCUAUUUCAAACCAGCCUGUGUCUAGGUGAACAGUCUUUCCAAUCAUUCUACAAAUAUCUGAUUAUCUGAGCUUAAAUUAUUCUUUUAAAAUUAUAUAAAAGAGUGUUGUUGAGGUUCUUAAAAUAAAGAUCACAUUAUAUGCCAUAGUGCAUUUCAAAAUCAUUAAGUUAAAUCUAAAACCACCUACUUCGAAGGGUUAAAAGGGCUGAGCAGUUGUAGCUUGUCUGACUAGUUUUAAAAGGGCUGUUUAAUUUGCAUUUUAUGUGUAACCAAGUGAACCCUGUUGAAAUGCAAACACUAUGAUGUUGAGUUGCUGCAUUCGAGCAUGUAUUGUCAUACAUAUUGUUUAAGAAACAUGAGACAACCAACAGAAUGUUCCAUAAUAUUCCUUACAUACAGUAUAGUGAAAGACUGCAAACAUAAGGCAAUUACAGGCUGCAUAGUAAUAGAACGUGUGAAAAAUGUCUCUUCAUGAACUGUAUGAUAUGUAAAUAUUAACAUUUCAAACCUCAAACACAUAAACGAGAGUUUUAAUAAAGAAAUAUGACUU